CUAUGGUUACUUACACCCUCCUCGUCGCUGUGGUCCGGCUGUGUUCUAGGUAGAGCUGCGCUCCCCUCCCUUCUCGAUCAUUGGCGCAGGGCUGGAAUCGCGAGCGCCGAGCGCCUCACGAUUUCUAUCUGCUCAAUCCGCCGGUGAGAAGCGCGGGUCCUCCUCCUCUGCAGGGAUCCCCGCGGUGGAAAUCCCGCUGCCGUGGCCGGAAAUUCCCCUCGCAUUGGGGCUUGCGGGGCUCGUCCGAGGCGGCGCUGGCGAAAUCCGGCAUGGGAGCGCGGGCGUGAGAGUGCGCGCGCGAUCGGUCGAUAUUUCGGGCGGCGAGGGAGCGGCAGCGCUGGAUGCAAUGUGCAGGCAAGGAGGGAACCACGACGCAUUCGGGCGGUUCGAGCAAGAUCACGACGACGGGGAUCGGCACCGGGGCCAGCGCCUGCGCGAGCGGCGGCGGCGGCGCCACGGCGGCGGCGCAGCGGAGGAAGCGGCGAUGGGGCCUUCCGAGGAGGAUGGAUUGCACAGCCAGGUGUGGCGGUGGAUGUACCAGCUGACGGACGAGGAGGUGGAGAAGCUGCCCGAGGAGGUGUGGGAGUACCACCGCGCGCGCAGCGGCGGCGCGGGCAUCGGGCCCAACGAGUGCUGCUCGGUGCUGAUCCAGCGCGUGAGGGCGCCGCUGCCGGUGGUCUGGUCGGUGGUGCGCCGCUUCGACAAGCCCCAGCUCUACAAGAACUUCAUCCGGAGCUGCAGCUUCAAGGGAGACGAGUUGAGGGUGGGGUGUACGCGCGAGGUGACCGUCGUCUCGGGCCUGCCCGCCACCUCCAGCACCGAGAGGCUGGAGAUCCUGGACGAUGACAAGCACGUCUUGAGCUUCCGGGUGGUGGGCGGGGAUCACCGGCUCAACAACUAUCGCUCGGUGACUAGCUUGCACGAGUUCGACGUUGAGGGGGCCAAGGGGACGCUGGUGGUGGAGUCGUAUGUGGUGGACGUGCCGCCCGGGAACACGAGGCAGGAUACUUGCUUGUUCACGGACACGGUGGUGCGAUGCAACCUCCAGAGCCUGGCACACAUGACGGAGAAGCUGGCGGUGGCUUGUGCUAGCGAGCAGCAUCGCCAGCUCCAUCAAGCAAGGUGAAACUUUGCUCCUUCGUUGUGGUUUUUGUUUUUUUUUUUCCCUCUCUUUCUCCCUCUUUUGGUUUUGGGCCUCUCGUCGCCUUUUUAUUUUUUUCUCAGUUUAUUUGGAGAGGUGGUUCUCGCUUUCUUUUCUUGCUUCCCCUUUUUCGCUGUCUUUUAAGAGAAUCCUGCUACUUCUGCUGCUGCCGCUGCUGCUGCUGCGCGUUGUCUUUACUUCUCUACUUUCUCUUUUGAGGGGACACUCCUUAAACUCUUUCUCAAGGUCUCGGCAAGACGAACACGGGAAGAAGAAAGACAAAGAAGACGAAGCAAACGAAACACACACACGCGAUGAACUGCUCAGGCGAUUACUGUUUAAGAGCUCAACCACAUCUUAUCUCUCUAUUUCUUCCUUGCAUGCUGUAUUUAUCAUGGUGUGGCAAUGGCAAUACAUGAUGCUCUCCGUUUUUUAA